AUGGACGGUAAAGGGAAAAGCCCUGGUUCAAAUGCUAAAAUAAGGUCCCAUCCUCGUAGAAACAAAGUAGGUUUCCGAUUCCCAGUGGCUCGUAUUGCCCAAUUUCUCAAAGUUGGGAAGUAUGCCAAACGUGUUGGCACUGGAGAUCCGAUAUUCCUUGUGGUUGCGCUUAAGUACCUUGCAGCUGAGGUGCUUGAAUUGGCUGAAAUUGCAGUGAGGAAUGACAAAAAGAGUCGGAUCAUUCCAAGGCACAUACAAUUAGCUAUUAGGUUUGAUGAUUAA